AUGGCUACUGCAGCAGCAUUUUCUAACGUUGAUGAUUAUGAAUGUUGCGUAUUAUGUUCAAGUAAAUAUAAUCGUAAUCGACCAUCAUUUUGUCAAUGUAAGCAUUGUUCUAUACCAUUAUGCCUGGACUGUAUGAAAGAACAUCACGAUGAAGUUUUGCAGGAUGUUGCUCAAAUUUCUCAUCAAUAUAAUGAAUUACAAGAAUUAAUACAGACAAAACAAAAAAUGAUUGUUGAUGAAACAAAUAAAUCAAUCGAAGAUGUCAAUGAAUAUUUUAAGACGUACAUCAAUGAAUUACUUGAAAUACAACAGGGAAUCAAUUUGAAUAUCGAAAUAGCAAAACAAGAUGCACAAGAUAAUAUACUUAAAAUCGACUCAGAUCUACGCAAACUUGGUAUCGAAAUUCAAGGCUUGACUAAAGAAAACAUUGCUCAAACAAUAAAAAUGAAAAAUCUAUUAACAAACCUCAAAUCCAUUGAAAAAUCAGUCAUUACCUAUCAAAUCAUAAAAACUGAGAAUUUAUUGAAGACAAAACCUGAUUUCUCGAUCAAGUUUGAUUGUUCAACAGUUAUUUCAGGAUGUACUGCUCAAUCUCUACCUAUCGAGACGAAAGAAAUGUCUCUACUAGAGUCAAAAGAAUUAUCGUCUGAAAUUAGUCCAUUAAAUAUGUCACCACAGUCUGCUACACAACAGAAAUUAGUAGACCAACAUGAAAAAGUUAAUAUUCCGCACAAUUAUGAUUGCUACUAUACUAUCCCUCACAAUCAUAGACAAACAACAUACAUUAUUAAUCGAAUGGCAAGCGAUGGAGAAAAUAUAAUGUAUACAAGUUAUUGCGAAGAAGAAUCCGAUCUCAUUGCAUACAGCCGCAUGGACAAUAUUGAUAAAUACAGAGAGUGGAAUCAAUCGCGCAUCAGUGAUAUGAUAUGGUGGAGUAGUAUUGCCAAGUUUAUCUGUGCUACCGAAGAAGGAAUUUUUACUGUGAAUUAUAUAAACGAGAAACUUAGGAUUUUAAGUGUUAUGCGCGAUAAGUGGUCAUAUGUUCGUGCAGCAGCAAAUACUGAUUAUCUCUUCAUAUGGAAGAACUCUAUCCAAGAUAACUUUAAUGGUAUUGAAGUCUAUUCUACGGAAUUUGAGUGUAUCAGAACAAUCGAUUUUGAUGAUCGUCGAACUGGAUCUUUCGUGAAUAAUAGUUCCAGCUUUUGUGUAACAAAUAAUGUUGUUGCAUCAAUUUGUACUCGUAUGCGGAAGAAUCGUGAACUAUUUCAGGUUACUUUCUGUGAUUUGAAUAUGAAUGAAUUAAAUUAUAUUCUUCUUGGGGAAUGUAAAUGCAAUAUCGAAAUUCGCACCGACGGAAAGGAUCGAUUCUUCAUCACAACAGGACAACGACGAUUUUAUAUUCUCUAUUCUGAUGGUAAAAUGCAAACGGUCAAUCUUCAAAAUAAUGGUGAUUGUAUUGCUGUUCUUCAUAAUCGACGCGUUGCCGUUAGCGAUAGACGUAACAGUAUGGAAAUCAUAAAUUAUUAA